AUGGCACCAAAAACUAUUUUCAUCACCGGAGCUAACCGCGGAAUCGGUCUCGGACUUGUGAGAGAACUUUUGAAAGUUCCGGGAGUCGAGACACUUGUCGCUGGAGCCAGAAAUAUCGACGGAGCGAAGGAACUCCAAUCUCUUGCCAAAGCCGAUUCUCGCCUCCAUUUGCUCGCAGUUGAUGUGUCGAAUGAUGAGAGCCUCGUGAGCUCAGUGAAUUCUGUUUCCGGACUGGUCGGUGAACGUGGACUGAAUUUACUCAUUAAUAAUGCUGGAGUAAUUGAAUCAUAUGGAACUUCAUCAACUCCAAACCGUUCCACCGUUCUCAAAUGUAUCGAUGUAAAUGCUGUCAGUGCACUUUUGGCUUCCCAACAUUUCCUACCACUUCUCCAAAAAGCUGCUUCGAAAGUGUCAGGAGACAAUUUGUCGCCAGAUCGUGCUGCCAUUAUCAAUAUCGGCUCUGACUGUGCAUCCCAAACACUCAACUUGCGUGGAUCAGGACCAGGAAAUUCACUUCUCGCUUAUAAAAUGAGCAAAGUAGCUAUGCUCAGCUUCUCUCGCUCAAUGGCCGCUGACUUCAAAAAUCUCAAUAUUCCAGUACUGAUCACCAACAUUCAUCCAGGAUGGGUUCAAACCGACAUGGGAGGAUCCAAUGCAGAAAUUUCAGUCGAUGAGUCUGUCACGAAGAUCGUUGCUAGUAUUGGAAAGCUUGAUGCAAGUCACCAAGGAGGUCUCUUCAACCGCGAUCUUGAAACAAUGCCGUUCUAG